AGCCAACACGUUUCUUCCUUUUUGCUGACCCAGGUUAAGUGAGGCAGUUUUAAUCAUGGGAAAGUUUAUGAAACCCAACAAGGUCGUCUUGAUCCUUGCUGGAAGAUAUGCCGGCCGAAAAGGUAUCAUCGUCAAAAAUCAGGAUGAGGGUACGAACGACAGGCCUUACGGGCAUGCGCUUGUUGCUGGAAUCGACCGUUAUCCACGCAAAGUUACGAAACGGAUGUCAAAAAAGAAGAUUAAGAAGAGGAAUAAGAUCAAGACCUUCGUCAAAGUCGUUAACUAUAACCACCUGAUGCCAACAAGAUACUCCGUCGAUGUUCCAAUUGACAAAUCAUCUGUGAACAAAGAGGCAAUCCGGGAUGCGACUGGCAGGAGAAAGGCACGACGUGAAAUCAAAUCCCAAUUUGAAAAUCGCUACAAGACUGGAAAGAACAAGUGGUUUUUCCAGAAGCUUCGAUUCUAAAUGCGGUUUGAUGGAACAACAUCACAUGGACAAUGCAUGUUGAAAUGAUUUGUUAAUAACAAUGUUUCAUCAUAUUUGUGUAUCUUCCUGCCAUAAUGCAAUGACAACUCUUGUAGCCAUUUUACAACGUAAUGUCAUAUUUAUAGCAGGUUGUAACCAUGCUCACUUGGAAUAUAUUAUGUAGUUUUGUCACUUUUCAAACUUGUAAUAACAAUGUGCAUUGUUACAUGUUUUGUUGUCCAGGUCAAUUACAUGAACUUUUGCCUAA